AUGACGAAGAGUCUGCGAGAGUCCAAGCUGGAGCACUGGGUCUUGGGUCGCGAGAAGAUCUACAAUCUGGAAAAGGCAUUGGUGAAGUCGCUGGAAUCACUUUCGCAGGCCAUUGGAGGUUUGAGGAGUGCGGCCAAUACGCAGUUCACCCUGCUCAAGGAGAUGCCACAGGACCCCAUGGCUGGACAGCUGUCCCCUGGAAGCACAGUGUUCUCUCCAACGCUUUCUCGCGCAAUGUCUCAGUACCUCAAGGGGCUCGGGACCGCGUCGAUUGAGGAGGACGAGGAGAUCGACGAUGAAUUCGACAGUCAUCCGAGCCCCGGGGAAACGACAGAUGGACCGCCAGCGCCGCUUCCAACAUUUCGUUCUCCGUCAGAGAUCUUUGAGCUUUUCAUAGCGUUGUUAGGCCCCUCGAUGAAGUCCUUGGCGUACACCCUGUCGGAAAUUCUGAGAGAACAAGCUUUCGCCAAGGGGGCCGAUUCUAAGAUAACAGUAAACCCUCACUUCAAGCACAGCUUACAGGACGCCAUGGCUCUGUACAGCAAUGCGAGGACCCAUGCCUUGCAAGAGCUUUACAACAGUAUCGAGCUGGGUAGGGCGCGAUCGGAGAAGAUCCAAGCAGACAUCGAGGAGGUCGCCGCUGCUUGCGGACACUUCAGUUUCAGUUUGCAGCAUGUUGCCGAGGACAUCGACGCAUACUUGACAGCCCUGGAGGAAUUGAAGUACGCCCGUGAAAUGGGUUCUCGCAGCUGGAACUGGCUCAAAUUCUGGAAGUACUUCUCAUCGCCCGCAAAGCCCAAGGAAGCCGACCCAAAUAACGUAGACACCGAGCGCUUGCUGCAACAACCUAUGGAACCUGCGGAGCAGCCUGUGCGUCCCAUCAGAAAGUCGGCCCUGCCGAGAGGUAUUCCGGAUACCAUGAUCAAACAACGAGAUACUUUCAGUUGGAACGCUGCGCCGAAUGCAAGCAACAUCAUGAGAUUUGCGUCUCAGCAGCUUCUCAAAUGCUUGAGAGUCUUGGCGCGUGAUGACAUUCGGUUCGGUGUCAAAGUAGGCUUCGGUGCCAUGGUUUGGGCAGCCUGUGCCUUCAUUCCGGCUACAAGACCGACUUAUCAGCACUGGCGAGGCGAGUGGGGUUUGCUAUCUUUCAUGAUUGUCGCUUCCAUGACGGUCGGCGCGGCCAACACCACUGGAACUGCGAGGUUCAUCGGCACAAUUGCCGGAGUCGGCUUUGCCCUGAUAGCCUGGGCCAUCAGUCAAGGAAACGGCGUCGUCCUUGCCUUUCUGGGCUGGAUGGUCAGCUUCUUCAGCUUCUACAUGAUGUUGAUCAAGAACAACGCUCCUUUUGGUAGGAUUACGCUUCUCGCCUGGAACGUCACUGUUCUCUACGCCUAUUCGUUGUCACAAAAGGUGGAUGAUGACGAUGACGAUGAGGGCGGUUCUAAUCCUCUCAUGUUUGAAAUCUGCUACCACAGAUUCGUUGCGGUCUCGCUGGGUAUCCUUUGGGGUAUCUUUGUAUGUCGAGCAAUCUGGCCCAUCUCGGGCAGAAAGAAGUUCAAGGAGGGCCUGUCGGUGCUCUACCUCCAGCUGGGGCUCAUUUGGAAGAGAGGUCCACUAGCCAUACUUCUCAGGAGCGACAACACGAGGUCAUACAUGAAGGCAGGCGAAGAACAAGCGCUGCAGCGUUACGCCUUUAAGCUCGAAGCCUUGCGUAACUCUGCAAAAAGCGAAUUCGAGCUUCGUGGUCCCUUCCCUGAUGCCGCUUACGCUCGAAUUAUGCAGUCCACCAGCAAAAUACUAGACGGCUUCCAUGCCAUGCGGCUGGUGACCUCCAGAAGAGGCCAGCUGUCCGCUGGCGAAAGGGCGCUGCUCGAAUACACGGCGCCAGAACGCGCACAGCUUUGCGACCGUAUCUGCCACGUGUUCCAGGUGCUCGCCAGCUCCAUGAUGCUAGAGUACCCACUAACCGACGCGAUCCCUUCGGUGGUGGGCAACAAGGACCGGCUGCUGGGCAAGAUUUAUCAGUUCCGCAAGGACCACCAGCCGCAGUCCCCCAAGAUUGGAAACGGUGAGGGGGAGCAGCCACAGGACAGCAGCAACGGACACGGCAACCAGGUUAGCAAGAACAAUGUGGUCGUGGAAGAGAAGGACUAUGCGCUGUUGUACGCAUACACCCUGGUCACGGCGCAGGUCGCCCAGGAGCUGGAGUACGUACAGCGGGAGAUUGAGAAUCUGUUUGGCGUCCUCCACACCGAGGCGCUCUUGCUGCAGUAG